AUGGAGACCACGGCGAGGAGCAGAGGUGAGGACGAAGUUGCGUCCGAUGAGGCAGGAGACGUGGGACCGGGAGAAGAUCCACCGGCGUCCAUCCCUACGUCAAUCGUUUCGGCAGAGGGCGAGCCAUGCACGCCAUUCAAAGGCGUCGGAGGAGGAUCACCUACGUCGAAGCUGGCGUGGAUGUCGUCGGCCGUGUGUAACCGAGCAUCCACCAAAGGAUCCAGCUCCCCCUCAAAUGGAACUGGGGAAAUAACAGGCUACGGAUCCGAAGGAGGUGUGGACGGCCUAAAAUGGAAGUCACUUUCAACGAAAUGGACGUCUCUGGAGGUGUAA